AUGAAGGCAAUACUGAUCUUGGGUUUGAUACUAUGUUCCAUUGGUUUGACAUGGGCUGAACUGGCUAUCAAUCCUCGGGGUCCUAGACCUGAAGUAGUUGAAAACCGAAUGAAAUCCAGACACUAUUCAGAGCCGUCAAGCCCACUUUGUACUGAUGAAGAAUGGGGCCCUAAAUGUCCAUCUGGGUGCAGAAUUCUUGGAUCAAUCGAGUCUUGGAGUCGCAAAAAUAACGACAGAAUUGAAAAGUUUCAACAGUACAAGAACGAGUAUUCCAAAAUAUUUUGGGAUACUCAGGUAACUGUGAUCGAAACUGCCAACAGAAUGAAAAAGAUUGUGGAGCAAAUUGGAAAAAUUGAGGACAGCUGUCAAGAAGAGAUGAAUCCUCUGAAUUACAAACUUAUCGACUUACAAAAAAAAGUUGAUGACCACAUUGCCAGAGAAAACAUACUAAAAAACAAUAUAAUAGAACAAUACAAAGAAAUCUCAAGGUUGGAGGUGGACAUUGAUAUCAAGCUACGAGCUUGCAAAGGAUCUUGUGCAAAAUCAUUUGCUUACAUCAUUGAUGAAAAUCUGAAUGAGGAAAUGAAGAAAAAUAUUACGUCAAUAACUUCUGACAGCAUGGAGAAUAAUCUGUCUGAGAAGCUAAUUGCGUCACUUAAAACUGGGAAUACUAAGGAUUGCGCAGUUGACAGCAAAUAUAAAUCUUUUGAAACAAAAUAUGUGCCAGAAACAACAUUGUAUCCUAAUGUUUGGGAAGGAGCAAAUGUUAGGACGCUCAUCCUAGAAGAAAAUACAAAAGAUCCAAGUGUUAGCAAAACUCAUCCGACCAGUAGUAGCAUUAGCACUGGAAGCAGUCAUAAAGUAGUCAGUGAAUUUUCACAUCCAGAUCAAAACAUUUUCCAUUCAGAACGGUCAGUGACCACCAAAACAAUUGUUUCAAAACAAGGUGAAGUUACUAAAACAGUCACAACAGAGGUUGAUUCUGGUUCUUAUCCUCUUUCAGUAGAUGAGCUAAUAGAGAAAUAUGGAUUAGAUGGUAAGACUAAGGGUUCAACUACCACUUUAACUGAGACACACACAUCUUCACAUCAUGUAGAUGAUGGUUUAGGAAGCUUGCUAAAUUCUGGAGUUAAAUCAACUGGGUCUAAGACUGUAGUCCACACAAAAACAUACACAUCUACUGGUGAGACAGGUGAUUUUCAAAACAUAGGAGACUUUAGCACUGAUUUUUCUACUUUUCGUCAUGAAGAUCAUUUGGGCCCACUAGAUGGGGUUAGUGGUUCAAGCAAAACAAUUAGUUAUGAAUCAAGAAGUCAACAUUCAUCCAGUGUUGGUGGUACUAAGGGAUUCAAAGCAACUGCAGAUUCAAAUCAUGAAGUUGCCCGUCUAUCUGAAGAUGAAACUGGAGGAAGUGAUCCAGGUAUUAAAACGUUUUAG